AUGGAGUACUUGAUGGAACCCGUGGGCCCUACGUCCAUGAGUAAAAAAGAAUACACGUUUUCAUGGACCCUAGAAAAUGUUUCGUACGAAGAAGUGAAAUCGGGUCUCAAGGAAUCGCCGAUAUUCACCGGCGAGGGUGACGAAAAAUUUCAGUUCAGAUUGAUCUAUCACAGGUGUCUGGAGGAAAGACCGUCGUCGAGUCUCAGAAGCGAGUCGGUGAGAAAAUUAAUUCUGUGCUGCUCGAAUAUAGAGAGCGAAGUCACUUGCACCUUCGACGUGACCAUUCACCUGGACGGACGAAAAAUCGUCUCCAAGAGUUGCGGUGGUUUUCAAGGAAACAACAACCUGGUCGUUCACAAAGUGUACGCCCAUUCGCGCAAAGACUUCGUGUGGCCAAAAAAAACCACGGCUAUUCAGUGCAAAAUAACACUGAGCAGAAGUACGCCGAGGUCGUCGGAGGAUAGCUCGUCGGAAGACAUGGCCGUGGAGAAGCCGGCGGCACCCGGCCUAAAAUUCGACGACCUAUUCCUCGAGGAGACUCUAAGCGACGUCAAGCUGCUGACCAAGUCCGGCAGGGAGAUUCCCGCGCACAAGAUCUUGCUCGCCGUCGCCAGUCCGGUGUUCAUGGCCACGUUCAGCCGCGAGAGUUCGAUGUCGGAGUCAAGCCAAGUGAUCGACUUGAGCGACGUCGGCGAGGAGGUCGCCGUCGAAAUGCUGCGAUUCGUGUACACGGGCGAGGUCGAUGAUUCCGUGGCUAGGGACAUUUCCAAGACCGCCGAACUUUUCGAGGCCGGCCACCGGUACGCGAUCGAGGGCUUGAAAAACAAGUGCGAGCGAAUGUUGAGCUCGAAUUUGUCAUCGGACAAUGUUUUGGAGACUCUGAGACUGGCCGAUGCGUACAAGGCGAACGAUUUGAAGAUGAGAGCGAUUGAUUUUGUUAAGCACAGCAUUAACAAUUCGGAGGAUUUGGAUGAAAUAACUAAUAUGCUUCUCAGCAAAACCAGAUUGGUUGACAAUUAA